CCGCAGUAGUGUCGAGCUCGGGGCCAACUGGCUCCUUUACUUGUACUCCUCUUCUUCGUGUGUGUCAUGAUGAAAAUGUCACGCGUUAUUACUCUAUUAUUUGUUCAUUAAUAGAGUUUAUGUCUUCAUCGACUCAACACAUCACUUUAUCACUUACCAUUAGAUCAUUUAUUAUCCUAUUAUGUUUAUCUUAACUCGACGUACCUCGAAACUAAUAAAUAGUGGCUAUCAUCUACUAAAUGUCGCCUGAUAAAUUUAAUUACACGGUAUAUUUAUAAAAUAAAAUAUGUGAUUAGUGAUUUUUAAUAUUUUUUUCAAUUCAAAUAUUUAAUUAAUUUAAAAAAUUUUUGUGGAAAAAUUAAGUGAUGUAAAAAAAUUAUAUCAAUUACUGACGAAAUUAAAAAAAUUAAUGAAAUUGAAUAAGUGAUUAAAAUAAUGGCACAUAAAUAUAAUUAUUAUUAAGAAAGUAAUUGAAGUGUUGGUUUCAAGGUUGGGUAAAAAAAACCCUUGUUGAAAAUGUACUGCAGUUACAGACACGCGAUGUUGUUCAUUAGGCAGUCAACAUAUUCGAGAUCAGCUGGGACAAUAAAUUAUUUCAUAAAAUUAAGACCACAAUAUAAUUAAUUAAAUUUUUUAUUUUUUUUAUAAAAAAAAAAAAAUCAAUUCAACGAAUGAAGACUUUUAUAAAAUGUGACAUUUUGUAUCGAAAUAAUUUUAGUGGACUUUCUGUGACAUGUAAAUCGCGGUGUUUAGCGACCUUGGUAUGAAGGUGCGCACGACAGACUCGUGUCUUUUGCUUGUAUUGAAGGUCACUAGAAACGCGAGUCAAUAGUAAUUUUACAGUACUCGAAAGCUGACAUGUGUUUUUUUGUUUUUUAUACAACCGUUAAUAUCCACGUGUCAAUUUACUCCCGUGAUUCGUCUACCUCAACAUCAAUUCUUAUCAAACCAAAUAAUCAAAGUCUUUAUCACACUAAAAUCGUUAUCAAUAAAAAAUCCAUUUUUUACAAUUUAAAAUAAAUAAUAAAAACGAGGGUUGUAAAAAUAUAUCAAAGGUUGUUAUCAAAAUGCUCAAGUAUUUAUUUGCAAUAUUAAAUUUUAAUUAGCCUUUAAAAAUAAAUACUUAAAUGCGGGAGCUUCCAAACUUGACGUUCGAUAGUUGAUAGCAUUUAUUGUUGCACUGAUAAUUGUUGAUUGUUGCUACUAAUUAUUUAUUAAUCGUUACUUUGUUAAUUAAAAAAAAAAUGCUGAUUAAAUUUGGUAAUUAAAUUUUAAAUGUCAAGUUCGUUAAGUCGUUAUUGAAACUAAUGAAUUUGUUAAAUAAUUAAAUUAAUAACAAUUAGUGAAGUGUACUUGGACAAGUUUCAAGCAAGCUCAGAUAAUUGUACUUGUAUAUAUAUUACCAUUGUAUGUACCUUGGACUGGAUGAUAAGAUCUUUUCGCUCCAAUUCUCCCUCGAGAUAGAGAACAUCAAAGUACUAUGCCGCUGAAGGUGUACGAGUACUAUUUGUGUGUUAAUUUGUGGUGAUAAUGUAAUAUGGAGAUGGAGGAGAAGGAAAAAUAAAUAUAGAGGGUUGUUAUAUAUAUUCAAAUAUUUAUAAAAUAAAAUGGGAUGAAAUGCAAAGUGGCGGCGAGUGACAAAGAUUUGAAUAAUGGAAGAUUAUGGUGAAUCAAAUGGUACUGAGUACUCGUUGCUUAAUCAUCGGAGACCUAGGGACCCACUUUGCGGAUCUAGUGCGUCCUCGGAGCCGCUGCUCGAAAUGUCAACCAUGGGGUGGGAGUACGAAGCAUUAUCGGAUAUACAUACACCGACAGGUGGUGUCACUCCGUCAUCUACACCACCCAAAGAGCUUUCUCAAAAGGUCCACUCGGCUCCGAGAGUUUGCUUUGAACCAGAAAAUCUUGAAAUGACACGAAGACGCAGCAGCAGCAGGCUCACGUCCACUAGAAGACGCAGUAGGAGUAUGAGUGCUUGGGGUGAUUUGUCACGAUGCUCAUUUCGACUUGAUGAGAGAGUACGUGUUGAAUAUUACGUGAACGAAAACACAUUCAAGGAACGACUUCAGCUGUACUUUAUAAAAAACCAACGUUCGAGUCUGAGGAUACGAGUAGCAAAUCUUUUCUUCAAGCUGCUAACAUGUUUUCUAUAUAUAUUCAGAGUUGUUACGGAUAAUGUUCCUACUUUUGCAGCAUGUUACGGCUGUGAAGCAGGAAACAAGUCGGACAUUCUGGCGUCACAAAUGCUCACAGAGGAAGCAUUUCAGGAGCACCCUACCAUCAACUGGGACGCUAUUUUGUGGGUGAGACGCCCUUUAGAAUUGUGGGUCGUUCAGGUGAUUUUGGCAAUCGUAUCACUGACCGAAGCGCUAUUACUCGCUUAUCUCGGAUACAAGGGAAAUGUGUGGCAGCAAUUACUAUCAUUCCACUUCAUAUUGGAGCUCGUCAACACGAUACCAUUUACAAUAACGAUACUCUAUCCGCCAAUGCGAAAUCUAUUUAUACCGGUGUUCCUGAAUUGCUGGUUAGCUAAACACUCACUUGAAAAUAUGUUUAAUGAUUUACACAGAGCUAUGCAGAGAUCUCAAUCAGCUUUAAGCCAACAAUUGAUGAUACUCAGUGUCACUUUACUGUGCCUUGUUUUCACUAGUGUGUGCGGAAUCCAGCACUUUCAGCGAGCAGGCCACAGGCAACUGAAUUUGUUUCAAAGCACGUAUUUCGUGGUGGUUACAUUUUCUACAGUAGGAUAUGGAGACUUCGUGCCAGACAUUUGGCCCUCCCAGCUUUAUAUGGUCUGCAUGAUAUGCGUUGCAUUAUUAGUUUUACCAACACAGUUCGAACAAUUGGCAUUUACUUGGAUGGAGCGACAGAAACUCGGGGGAUCAUAUUCGUCGCACCGGGCGCAAAAUGAAAAACAUGUUGUAGUUUGCAGUACGACUUUGCAAGCAGACACCAUAAUGGAUUUUUUGAAUGAGUUUUACGCUCAUCCCCUGCUUCAAGACUACUAUGUGGUUCUAUUGUCACCGAUGGAGCUGGACACGACAAUGCGAAUGAUCCUCCAAGUGCCUAUUUGGGCGCAGCGCGUAAUUUACAUUCAGGGCUCGUGUUUAAAGGACGGGGAUCUUGUUAGAGCAAGAAUGAUGGACGCCGAGGCAUGUUUCGUCCUUGCGGCACGUAAUUACGCAGACAAAACAGCCGCUGACGAGCACACUAUUUUGAGAUCCUGGGCCGUGAAGGAUUAUGCGCCAAAUGUACCCCAAUAUGUUCAGAUCUUCCGUCCGGAAAAUAAACUCCACGUUAAAUUUGCCGAGCACGUUGUGUGUGAAGAUGAAUUCAAGUACGCCUUGCUAGCUAAUAAUUGUACUUGUCCCGGCGCUUCUACCCUCGUAACUCUCUUACUUCAUACAUCACGCGGACAAGAAGGACAGCAAUCGCAAGAAGAAUGGCACCGUCUGUAUGGAAAAUGUUCCGGUAACGAAAUCUACCACAUAACACUCGGGGAUUCCCGUUUCUUCGGCGAAUACGAGGGUAAAUCAUUUACCUACGCGUCAUUUCACAGUCACCGUAAAUAUGGAGUUGCUCUCGUGGCAGUGAGACCCGCCGAGCUGCCAGAAUUUUACGAGGACACUAUUCUCUUGAAUCCCGGACCAAGACACAUAAUGAAAAAAACCGACACGUGUUACUACAUGAGCAUAACAAAAGAAGAAAACUCGGCAUUUGUGGUGGCAAAUCAUCAGACGGGAACCGGCGCCACCGAACCCUCCCACGUAGUAGUCGAGACUAAGACUGAUGGAUCAGCUGCGGGUGCAAAUGCUUCCAGUGCGACAGCUGGUGCUGGUGCUGGUACUGCUGGAGGCGGGACUGGAGGGACUUUGAGCACCGGAAGUACGCCGGGAUUUGGGACCACAAUGACGUCAAUAGUCACACCGACGACGACGCUGUCGGGAACGGUUGCGGCUUCUGGAGGGAACGGUACAAUAGGCAUCGGUGUCACUCAACACCUGAGAUAUACGAAUGGUUUUAAAGUACCGUGUGAUGCGACACGUGCUGUUGUUAACAAUGAGAAUGGCGAGUCGGUGUCUCCGGGCAAACCGCGUACUCACGUACCCCCGCCCGGGGCACCGCCGCCACCUCAAGUUAUCUUGCAGGUUCCUAGCACGCCCACACCUCGACAUCACAACCUACUCGCAUCCGAUUUUCACCCGACAUACUUGGAUCCAUCAAAUCUAUCUGAUUCACGGCCAUGUUUGCGCGAAAGUGGAUCAACUCCACAAACUCCAAUCACAGGAAAUCAUCUUGAUGUCCCACGUGCUAUGGAUCCCAAUCCUCAUCUACUGAGCCCUGAAAUUCUAAUGCAAAGAAGAGGGAGCAGACGUCCGAGUAUUUUACCAGUCCCGGAUAUGCUGACUGGUUCAACACUUCACCUUCCGGGUCAAGAGUCACUUGACCACGAGGCCGACGAGUCUGAAGACGAGAUGGACGACGACGUGCCGUGGAGAUCGCCCAGCGAAAAAAUAGCGAUCGUCAAAGGAUUUCCUCCCGUGUCGCCAUUCAUUGGAGUGUCUCCGACAUUAUGUUACUUACUGAAGGAAAAAAAACCACUUUGUUGUCUUCAAUUAGCUCAGGUUUGCGAGCAUUGUUCGUAUAGAAAUGCGAGAGAAUACAAUUGGCAGAAUAAAACAAUAAUUCUAGCAGCAGAUUACGCCAGCAAUGGGAUAUAUAAUUUUAUCAUUCCCUUAAGAGCUCAUUUCAGAUCGAAAACUUCAUUGAACCCGAUCAUCCUUUUGCUGGAGAGGAGACCGGAAAUUGCUUUUCUUGACGCCAUCUCCUAUUUUCCUCUUGUCUAUUGGAUGCUUGGAUCGAUCGACUGUUUAGACGACUUGCUGCGUGCUGGUAUCACACUUGCCGAAAAUGUUGUCGUCGUCAACAAAGAGCUCAGCAACUCUGCGGAAGAAGACACGCUCGCCGACUGCAAUACUAUCGUCGCAGUGCAGACCAUGUUCAAAUUUUUUCCAAGCAUAAAGAGCAUCACAGAGCUGUCUCAGUCAAGUAAUAUGAGAUUCAUGCAAUUCCGAGCGCAUGACAAGUACGCACUUCACCUCAGCAAAAUGGAAAAGGUACUCCUCAGUGCUACUUCCGGUGACAACUACCCCGCUGAGCCUCCGAUGGGCUCCCCGACGAUUUAUGUGAAAUAUCAGAGAGAAAAGGAGCGCGGAUCGCACAUAUCGUACAUGUUCCGUCUGCCAUUUGCCGCUGGAAGUGUCUUCAGUGCAUCAAUGCUGGACACUCUAUUGUACCAGGCUUUUGUUAAGGAUUACGUGAUAACAUUUGUAAGACUGCUCCUUGGCGUUGAUCAAGCACCCGGUUCUGGAUUUCUGACCUCGAUGCAAAUAACCAAAGACGACAUGUGGAUAAGAACCUACGGGCGCCUUUACCAGAAGCUCUGCUCGACGACCUACGAAAUUCCUAUUGGAAUCUACAGGACCCAGGACACUAGUCUCGCGGACACAUCCAACGGUGAUUCAGAUGCUGAGAGCGACACGGGAUUUAUGAAAACCUACAGGAUGAAACGAUCUGCCGCGGCUUCAUGUCUUUCUAACUGCACUAGUCGUGAUAAGGGUACAUCCGCUUACUCCGUAAGUCUAGCGGACGAAGCUCGUGACAACCAUGCGCAGCAAAUAGAGCGCGCAGAGAUAGCGAACCUCGUGAGGUCACGAAUGGACUCACUGAACCUGCCGACGGUCGACUACGACGACGUCUCCGAGAAACGCAACAGCCUGUCGUACGUGAUAAUAAACCCGAGCUGCGACUUGAAACUCGAAGAGGGCGACAUCGUCUACUUGGUCCGCCCGAGUCCGUUUUCAGCCCAGAAAACCUUCGAGCGUCACAACUCGAGGCGGAAAAGCAACAUCAGCUUCUGCUCGGCCCAACUGGUGGCGCAGAUGUCUGCGGCCGCCGCAGGGGCCGGUGCCGGUGGUGGGGGGUCUAGUCGACGGGGCUCGGGAAUCGGUAUGGCUAGAGCACCACCUCUCGGCAGCAGUACUAAGUCAAAUUCACUCUCCUUACCGGACAGUCCCACCGUAGCCGGUGGCCUAAGGGGCCGUUCUAACUCGCUGCGUGUGGUCGAUGAUAUACUACUGAGACGGAGCAAUUCUCUCCGUCAAGGUUUUACCACACGACGAAAGAGCAGCCUAGAGGACAUCGGUUUCGGUGCACUGUCCCAUCCGACCAAUCACAAUCCCAUUAAGAUAGCGCUCAACGGGUCUAUUGGUUUGGAGGUAACACCACCCGAGGAAGGUAGUAUUGGAGCCAGUCCAGGUGCCAGUAACACAGGAAUUCUCGACGUCGGUUUGCCUUCAAUACCGAUCAUGAGUCCUGGCUAUGGUUGUGGUCUUGGUGGUAUGAGUGGCAUGAGUGGCGGAGCUCUGGGCGCGGGUUUAGGCGGAUCACUUGGCGGUCUCUAUGACCCUCCCCUGCUGAGUCUGGGCCCCAAAUCCAGUGGGGGACCACGGGAACAACCUGCACAAGACCCGCAACACUUACAGGGAACAAUCGUAUGAUACAACCUCAUGUGGGGACGCAGACUCUCUAGUGUCGUUCGAAAUAAGUGGCUGUAGCGUUCCCACAUGUAGAUUUACAAUUUACAACAUAGCACUUUUUUAGAUCACGUAAGGGAUUUAGUUGCCAUUUUAUUGUUCAGUUGCUGGUCUUGAGGUUAAGUGCGAAAGGUCCAAUACAACAUAACCCGGCUUGGAGGCCACUCUGCCGGUAGUUGAGAGUCCCGAGAGAUGGUGCUCAUAACUACCCGCGUCCUGGACGACCAUCAUUUUUUUACAUUAUCAUACAACUAAUGUAAUGAUUAAUAACUUAAUUAGAGUUUUAAUAAUUGAUAAUUAAUAUUUCUACUGAUUAAUCUUUGGAAAAUUUAUCAGUUUCAAUUUUUUAGUCGUUUAAUAAAAAAUGUUUUGUUUGGAAACUGAAUUUAAUUUUUCGGUUGAAAAUUUUUUCGUGAUUAAUCGCUGGAAAUUUUAUAAAAAAUAUUAAUAACGUACUUAUGUAUAUUACAUGUAAUAGCGCGAAUUAUGUAAUUGAAUAUAAAUAUAAAUAUAUAUGUAAAAUUAUUAUUAUUAAUAUGAAUAAUAAUAAUUUAUAAAAAACUAGGGUAAUAAAUAAAUAUAUAAUUUCAUACUAGGCGAGAAUGGACGGAAAAUCGGAAUAAUUGAAAAUAUAUAUAUAUAAAUAUAAAUAUAUAUUUAUGAAUGAAUAUGUUUAGAGUCAUAUCACGUGAGCCUGGAGUUUACGUCUGUCACUUUCAUUAAAUAAAAAAAAUAUAAAUAAUAAUAAUUUACUAUAAAUUAACUAUUCGUGUAUUUGAUGAAAUUUUCUAUCUAAAUAUUGAAAUGUGAUUAGGAAUGUAUAUCAGUAUAGUAAUUAAUGAUUAAUGAUUAAUGAAAAAAAUAAUAACUACAAUCCAUGAAUAAUAUAUAAAAAUAUAGAACUGCGAUCAAUUCAUGUCAUGACUUAAAUUUUAUUUUUCAUUUGGACAUGUAAGACAAAGAAAUUAAAACAAUCAAAUAUAUGAUAUAUUUUUAAUCAUUUAUUAGGUUCCGCACCAAUUUAUUAUGACAAUCUGUUUAUUAAAUAAUUGAAUAUUUAUAUUUAAAUAUUUGUUGAUAUAUAAUUUAUAGUAAAAGUAUUAAAGGUAAAAGUGCUUUAAUUUUUUGAUUUAUAAAAAAUUUAUUGUGAUUACUGGAGAUAUUUUUUUAGAUUAUUUUUAUAGUUUGUUAAUACAGAGUUAUUUAUAAUUAAUUAAUUAUUAUUAUAGUCGGACGUUACUUUAAUUGAAAAUAAAAUUUCAAAUGUUUUAUUCAAAUGAAUGAUUUUAAAAUAAAUCCAGUAGAAUUUUUGAUGAUUGUAUUCAUAACCUACGGUAUUUAAUACAACAAUUAAAUUUGUGAUAUUUUUACCGUAGACACUGUAUGCUUUUUUAUUAUUACUGAGCAAUACUUCACUCUACGGUAAAAAAUACCGCAACUUCACGGUAAACUGUCAUUAUGUUACUGCAAAUUCCCUAGUAACGCAUAUUUAAGGAAGAUUCUGGUGCCAGUGCCUUGAGCAAAACCCCUAGUCACUAGUGUCUUUUUCUACGUAUGGGUCUUGCGCAAGAUCAUGUAGCAAGAAAACGUCAUCAAGACUUGCGCAUGACUUGAUCAAGGUCCAACGAAAGCUUGGGAUUUUUUUCCCACCAGUUUCUUCCCCCACCACCAUAAUAUUAGAAUUUGCGCAUGUGCCGAACCAACAUUUAAAGGGUGGGGGAAGAAACUGGUGGGAAAAAAAUCCCAAGCUUUCAUCGGGACGACUAUACACAAGAAUGUUGAAGAUAUCUUAGAUUUGGUGCAGUUUAAAAGUUUUUGACGCAUUUCUUGCACCAGUAACUUAAGACAGAUUCUUACGCAUGGCUUGCUCAAGACUCAAGGUCAAUUGAGAGUCUUGAGCAAGCCGUGCGCAACUAUUUUAAACUAUACAUGAAAAGAUUGGAACCCAACUGUUACUGUUACGGUUCUGCACCCGACUCAGUACGGUGCAGAACAGUAACCAGUCGGAUUCCCAUUUUUCCGUGUAGUCUUCUUCCAGAAUUGAGUUAUAAUCCGGCCCGAAUUUCUUGUGCAAGACUUGCAUUAGACUUACUAUUGAAAUCUGGCUACAAGUAUCUGCAGCAAGACUCGUAGGUAGAAAAAGACACUAAUUUCUAUCGAACUUGAGACCAGGCUUGCUCAAGCCUUGAACAAGAUUGUAAAAUGGGUUUACCGUAAAAAUGUGGUAAUUUUACGGUCAAAUGCCGUAAUUCACUACAGUAAUUACCGUGAUUCGGAUCCGCCAGGGUUCUGUACAUGUCAUUAAUAUAUGUAAUUAAUUUUGAUUCAUUAAUAUUUUGGUAAAUUAAAAAUUUAUUAAUUUGAUAGACACCGGAAUAAAAUUAUCAAAAAAUGAAAAAUUAUGAAUACAAUCAGUAAAAAUUAUUAUUAUUAUUAAAUAAAUUGCUUGUUAAAUGCGCCGUCAUCUUACUUACUUAAAAAAAAAAAAAAAAAAAAAAAAAAUUGCAAUAUUAAUUU